GGAUGACGAGGAGAAGCUCCACUUUCUCUUCUACAGUGUGAUCUCUCGUUGAAGGUAUUGGAUCCUUGCGCAUGCUAUUUAUCGAUAGAUUGCGCUUCACAGUGAAGUAGUCAAUAGGAGGAGAGGCCUUUCCUCGCAAUCUCGCACCUGGGAAGGAGAAUUAGGACAGGACAGACACCUGGUUCAAUCAACCGCCUCGUCAAGAUGUCGGCCCUCUUCAAUUUCCAGUCACUGCUGCUGGUCUUCCUGCUCGUCAUCUGCACGAGCACUUAUGCCCAUUCGAUCAUGCCGGGAAUCAUGGACCGCAAUCAGAACGGCUUCUUCGGUAUUUUCUGGAAAUGUGCUCGCAUCGGUGAACGGCUGAGUCCUUACGUCAGUAUCUGCUGCGUGGUGAUGGCUGUUUCGAUCUUCUUCGGCGGCUGAUAGAGUGGUCUCGUCUCACGAGUUCAGGAAUUGCAUGGUCGGCUUCACCAGGCAGGGGCGUUAUAGUUUUGAAGUUCUACUUUCACUGUGCGAUUCAUGUGGCAUACAGUUUUGUGUGAUCUUUUCUUUUUCUUGAAUUGCGGAAAUAAUGGAUUCUGUACAUGACAUCGGCAAAAAUUGCGGUUUAAAUCCCACGAUGUAUAUCCCGUGCCUGUUUGGACGCCUCAAAC